ACCCGCCGCCUCCGGACCAUGGACCCCCGCAAAGUGAGCAAGCUUCGAGCCUCCGUGAAAAUGUGCAAGCAGGACCCAAGCGUUCUGCACACCGAAGAAAUGGGCUUCCUGAAGGAGUGGGUGGUGAGCGUUGGGGGUAAAAUACCACCUGCUACUCCUAAAACUAAAUUGGAAAAAAAUACCAAGGAAGAAAAAACAGAUAGUAAGAAGGCGGAGGAAAACAUAAAGACAGAGGAACCAUCAAGUGAGGAAAGUGAUCUAGAAAUUGACAAUGAAGGUGUGAUUGAACCAGACACUGAUGCCCCUCAAGAAAUGGGAGAUGAAAAUGUAGAGAUAACUGAGGAGAUGACUGAUCAGGCAAAUGAUAAAAAAGUGGCUGCCACUGAUGCCCUAAAUGAUGGUGAACUACAGAAAGCCACUGACUUGUUCACAGAUGCCAUCAAGUUAAAUCCUCGUUUGGCCAUUCUGUACGCCAAGAGAGCAAGUGUCUUCCUCAAAUUACAGACGCCAAAUGCUGCCAUCCGAGACUGUGACAGAGAUACUGAAAUAGAUCCCGAUUCUGCUCAGCCAUACGAGUAGCAAAGGAAAGCACACAGACUUUUGGGCCAUUGGGAAGAAGCUGCCCAUGAUCUUGCCCUUGCCUGUAAGCUGGAUUAUGAUGAAGAUGCUAGUGCAAUGCCGAAAGAAGUUCAACCAAGGGCCCAGAAAAUUGCUGAACAUCGGAGAAAGUACGAGCGAAAACGUGAAGAGAGAGAGAUCAAAGAAAGAAUAGAAAGGGUCAAGAAGGCUCAGGAAGAACAUGCGAGAGCCCAGAAGGAGGAAGAAGCCAGACGACAGUCAGGGGCUCAGUAUGGCUCUUUUCCAGGUGGCUUUCCUGGCGUAAUGCCUGGUAAUUUUCCUGGAGGAAUGCCUGGAAUGGGAGGGGGCAUGCCUGGAAUGGCAGGAAUGCCUGGGCUCAGUGAAAUUCUUAGUGAUCCAGAGGUUCUUACAGCCAUGCAGGAUCCAGAAGUUAUGGUGGCCUUCCAGGAUGUGGCUCAGAACCCAGCAAGUAUGUCAAAACAUCAGAGCAACCCAAAGGUUAUGAAUCUCAUCAGUAAAUUGUCGGCCAAAUUUGGAGGUCAAGCAUAAUGCCCUUCUGACAAAUAAAGCCCCUGCUGAAGGAAACGCAACUUAGAUCACCUAAUGGAUGUCGCAAUACAAACCAGUGUACCUCUGACUUUGUCAUGAAGAAAGCGGGGGUGCUAUGAAGAUAAACCCUACCCCUCUGCCCCAGAUGCAGCUGAAACAUUUUACAGUGGUUUGCCAUUAGGGUAUUCA